UGUGAGCUAAGGAGGGGCAGAGAGAGAGGGAGACACAGAAUCUGAAGCAGGCUCCAGGCUCCGAGCUGUCAGCACAGAGCCCGACGUAGGGCUUGAACUCACAAAUUGUGAGGUUAUGACCUGGGCUGAAGUCGGACGCUUAACCGACUGAGCCACUCGGGCGCCCCUGCUUUGAUUUUAAAGAUAGAACAGUUUAUUGACAUUUCUGUAAAUAGUCUAUUUUAUUGCCAAAUUUUAAUAAACAUUCACACUGUUUUUUAAUUAAGCUUUUAUACUUUUAAAAAUUUAUUUUUGUUGGUAUUCUACAUGUACAUGAUUUAGAGUUAAAUAGUUCUGUAAGGCUUGUUAUAAAAACAACCUCUUUUUUCCUGCUUCAGGAUACAGCCAUUUGAACUCUUUUACCUGAUUGUUUUAAUUUCUUAUCUCUAAUUUAUAGUGUUACUUAAUUUUUUCAUUUCUAGGCAUUAAUUAUUGAAUUAUUUUUCUUUUUUUAUUGAAGUGUAAUUGACAUAUAGUAUUACAUUAGUUUCAUGUGUGUAGCAGAAUGAUUCAACAUUUGUGUACAUUGCAAAAUGAUCACCACUGUGAGUCUAGUGUCAUCAAAGUAUGAUACAGUAUUAUUGACUCUAUUUCUUAUGCUGUAUAUUAUGUCCCUGUGACUUACUUAUUUUAUAAGUGGAAUGAACUUUGAAUUUUUUGAUCCCCUUCACCCAUUUUGAACUUCCCCCAAGCUCCCUCCCCUUGGCAACCACCAAUCUGUUCUCUGUAUCUAUGUGUUUGGGUUUUGUUGUGUUUUGGUUUUUAGAUUCCACAGGUAAAUGAAAUUAUGCAGUAUUUGCCUUUCUCUGACUUAUUUCACUUAGCGUAAUACCGUAUAGGUCCAUCCAUGUUGUGGCAAAUGGUAAGAUUUUAUUUUUUUUUUUAUGGCUGAGUAGUAUUCAUGUGAGUUUGUAUUACAUAUUAAAAAAUUUUUAUUUUUAUUUUAAAGAGAGAGCGCAUAAGCAGGGGAGAGGGGCAGAGGGAAAGAGAGAAUCUUAAGCAGGCUCUGUGCUCAGUGCAAAGCAGGAUGCAGAAUUUGAUCCCACUACCCUGGAAUCCUGACCUGAACCUAAAUCAAGAGUCGGAUGCUCAACCAACUGAGCCACCCAGGUGCCCCUGCCAAUGUUCUUUAUCCAUUUUCCCUUUGAACAACACUUAGGUUGUUUCCAUAUCUUGGAUAUGCUAAAUAAUGCUUUAGGAAACAUAAGGGUGCAUAUAUCUUGUUGGUUUCAUGCGUUCCCCCUUGGGCGAAUACUUAGUAAGUAGUGGAAUUGCUGGCUCAUAUGGUAGUUCUAUUUUUUUUUUUUUUAAGUUUAUUUAUUUAUUUUGAGAAAGAGGGAGAGCACAGGCAGGGAAGUGGCAGAGAGAAAGGGAGAGAGAGAGAAUCCCAGGCAGGUUCCGCACUGUGAGUAUGGAGCCUGAUGUGAGACUUGAACUCACAAACCGUGAGAUCAUGACCUGAGCAGACACCAAGAGUCAGACGCUUAACUGGCUGAGCCAUGCAGGCGCCCCUAUUGUUAAUUUUUUGAGGAACUUUCAUACUGUUUUCCAUAGUGGUUGUAGCAGUUUACAUUCUACCAACAGUGAGCACGCAUUCUCUUUUCUCCACAUCCUCACCAAUACUUGUUAUUUCUUGUCUUUUUGAUAAUAGCCAUUCAGACAGAUAUCAGAUGAUAUCUCACUAUGGUUUUGAUUUGCAUUUCCCUGAUGAUUAGUGACCUUGAGCACCUUUUCAUGUGCUUGUUGGCCAUCUGUCUUUUGUGAGCCACCCAGGGACCCUAGUUUCUCUUUUUUAUAUAGUAUCCUGUUCUUAUUUCACGAAGCAGUAUUUUUUUCCUAUCAGUAUUAUAUAGUUCUUUUUGGAAUGGGGUCAUUUUUAUUCUUCUGCAUCUUUUAUUCUCCAGGUUGCUUUUUUCUAUUUUAGUGUCUUCUUUCAUGUUAGAGGCUCCCUGCAAAUGCCUGGUAACUCCUUUGCUUUCUGCUUUUAUUUACAUGUAGGACAAUUGAAAAUCCAAUUGGAAUCUGUGUGCUUGUGUGUGAAGGGCAUGUUAACUGUGGUCUUUGCUGAAAGGUGAUAUGGCUAGGCUGUUUCUUUGAAGAACUCCUGGUAUGAAUCUUUUUAGGCCUUUUUACAUGGUGUGGUCAGAUUGCCAGCAAGAGCUCUUCUGGUGUUUGCUUUUUUUUUUUUUUCAAAUUUUUAUUUAAAUUCUAGUUAGCAUAUAUGGUAAACGGUUUCAGGUGUAGAAUUUAGUGAUCCAUCACUUACAUUGCUUGGAGAUUAUUAUCCUGGCUGCAAGGUUUUUGGUAUCCUGAAGGAGCUGAAGGUUGGGGGCUAUAGAGGUCUCGAUGUUGAUUUUUCACACUCAUCUAAUCUCUCAAUGUUAGCUUUGGUACAUUUGCCUCCAAGUGUGCCUUAUCUCCCAAGCUAGACACCGUCUCUGUUUUGCCCUUUUGUAGGUAACCCUAAUCUUUUCUUAGGAGGGGGGUAGUACAGAUGCCCACUGUGUAGAUUGCAGAGGGAAGCUGGGUGUGUAAUUUCUUAGACUGUGAAAGUCUUGCUCUAUCUUCACUCCCACUUCCAGAGUAUCCUACUUAUUUCAUUCCUGAACCUUUUGUGGGAUCUAUGGUAUAAAUUGGGUAGCUUCUAAGUUUAGGGUUAGGUUUCCUUAGGUAUGUCAAUUCAGUUAUUUCUUCAUCUAUUUUAUAAUCUUAAAAUUUUUAUUGUUGUCUUCUCUUUCAUUCUGUUUGUCCUUACAGGAUUAUAAUUAUAAUUUUUUUUUAAAUUCACUUUAUUAUCAUUUUGAGUAGGGAGUGGAAGCUAAUGUGUAUUUGUAGCCUACCAUCUUCAACAAUUCACUCUUCAAAAUAGUUUUCUUAUAAAUUCUAAUUCAUUUUAUUGCCACAUUCUGUUAAGUGUUGACAGUUAUGUGGUGUCUGUAAGUGAAAGGAAAUUAUGUCACUGUGUUAAACUACUUUGUGCUUUUUGAGUUGCUUUUGUUUCAGUGAUGUCUUAGUGGGUAAGGAGUCUAAAAGUCCUUUUUCCAACUAACAGUUCAAUAACUCAUUUUUACAAGAAAACAGAUUAAUACAAAUUUGAGCUGUAUGUAAGGAACUGUCUUUUAUGUAUUAUCUAUUAUCAGUCUUCACUAAUAAUCCAUAUUAUUCAGGUUAUGCUUCUGAAGUUAUGCUUUAGCAAAUCUCAUUUAAAUCUUUAAUGUCUUUGACUUCAAUUACUCAUUGGUUAAAAUUUAUCUCCAAAUCGGGAAUGAUCUCUGUUUAUGUAAAAACAAACAAAAACCAGUCAAUUGCAUUUGAAAUUAUAGGAGGAAACGAUUUAUAAGUUUUGUAUUUAUGUUCCUGAUAUCUUUCUCCAGCUCCAAGAAAUAAAAGAAAUAAAAUUUUCCCAUUUUCCUGGACCCUAUCUGUAUUUAUAGGCAUCACCAUGAACUUCCUUAUUUUCUUAAGACUAUUAAUUUAAUACACUGAAUUUCUUAUAAGUGCUGUCAUUUUGAACUUUAAAGUAUGAUACAAAUAUGAUCAAAGCUUUCUUUAGAGUCACUGUUUAAUAAAGAAUAAACCAUAGGAUAUAAACUAUAGAUUAUUUUUCAUUGAGUAAAAAGGGUCUGUACUUAUUCAUCCUGAAUGUCUGUGUUUUAUCCAAAAGAAUACUUCUCUAGGAUUAAAAAAUAAAUGUGGAGCUCAUGGAAAAUUUCACAAGAACAUGAAUGUUCUUGUGAUAGCCUGAGAAAAAGGAGACAGAUUAGGACAGGAGUUCUUUAUCUGGGUUUUUGGACAUGUUUUAGCACCUCCCUGAAUUCCUAUGUGCAAAAUAUUUUGUCUCUUAUGUCUCUAGGGAGAAAGUUCUUAAAUGUCUUUCAGAUUAUCAGAGGCUCAAAACACUUGAACUAGAGGCAAAAAAGUCAGUAAAGAAAAAAAAUCAUUGUUUAUAUGUUUAAGAACAUCAUGGGAGGUAUAUUUCCAUAUUAUGUAGCUCAGAGAUAUGUCAGGCUCACGUUCACCACUUUAGGUUUAUCUUUAUUUUUGUUUUAUUGAAAUAUGAUUUACAAACAGUGAAAUGCUCAGAUCUGAGGUAUAUAGUUUGAUAGGUUUAGACAAGUGUGUGUAAAGUCUGUGUAACCCAUACCCUUUUUUUUUCUUUUUUUUUUAACCCAUGCCGUUUUCAAGACCCAGAACAUUUUCAUCACCCCAGAAGUUACCUUAACUUCUUAAAGUAAAAGCAAAGGCCAUUCUUUGUAGCUCUUUGAUUUAAGGACAGACUUCUUCUUUACAUAGUCCUGGAGAAUAUAUUAGCUAAAUUAGUUGCUCAGGUUUUUUUUUGUUUGUUUGUUUUUUGUUUUUUAAGGUAAGUUCAGUGCCCAAUGUGGGGCUUCUACUCACAACCCUAAGUUGUGACUGACUGAGCCAGCCAGGCCUCCCAUAAAUUUUAGUUUAUUUAUUUUGUUAUUAUUUUUUUAAGUAGGCUCUAUGCUCAGUGUGAGGCUCAAACUCAGGACCCUGAGAUCAAGAAUCACAUGCUCUACCAGCUGAGCCAGUUGGAUAUCCUGUGAGUUGCUCAGCUUUUAUGGGGGAUCUACUGUUUAUACUUGCUGCUCCUUUCUCUCCACUGGACAACGUAGGUUUUUAAACUAUGAUGAUCUUUUAGGUGAGCAAAGCACUGAGAUGAUAAUUAACUACUUCACCUCCUAGGAUCCUAAAGAAAUUAGCUCAUGUGAAUUCUUAUAGUUAAUCCUGUUCCUCACUUCCACAAUGGUUAAUCAGUCAACAUCUGAUACAACUAACAUAGUGACUGAAAGAGCUUUAAUAAACUUUCCUAAAGAUAGUAGUAGUUCCAGGGGUAGCAACUCUUAGAAAGAUUAACAAUUAUCGAUCAUUUAUUGCAUUAAAAGUAGCUUCUGAAAAAAUACCCACAUGAAUAAGAAGUGUAGGACCUGCUCUUAAGCACAUGGCAAAAAGGAAGACAGACUAGUUAACAUAAUUUUCAGUUGGGUAAAUACAGUAACAGAAUACUGUACAGAGUACAGUCGUGCUUGAAAGAAGACAUGCUAAUUCUUUAGGGGAUGGCCAAGGGCAGUUUCUUUGAGAAGGUACCUAAGUAGGUUUAUGUGUGGAUAAUUGAGAGAAUUGGUUAUAUCAGCCAACUUCUAAUUUUCCAUCUGUCAGUACCUUUAGUGAGCCUUAAAAUGGGUAGAGACUAGAGAUUUUGUAGAGAUUUGGGAGCCCUUCUGGAGAAAAUGAAUAAAAAAUUAAUGAAUACAAAAUUAGGUAGCAAAGUAAAUAUUUAGAGUAAGAAAAAAAUCAUAAUAAAUUACAUAUUUAAUAAAGCCAAGUCAAUGAAUAUCACAAAAUAUAGAAAAAUAACAUUUUUAUUAAUUAACUGCCCGAUAUACCUUAAUAUAUUUUUGUAUACAUUUUUGACUGCAUACUUUUUGACUUCUUAUGUCAACAAUUUGUAAAAUAGGAUUACUGUUUUCUGUAGAGAGAGUAGAUUAUUCUAUAGAGAGAAUAGAUUAUUUCCUUCUAGCAUUACUGAUCAAAAUGUGUUUAUUAUUAUUGAUAACUUUCAAGAGUUUCAGAUCUAUAACUCAUUGGUAAUGUCAUGUACUAUUUUAAGAUUGUUGUCAAAUUUCAGUAUAUCUCGACUAAGUUUUUUCCUUAGCUGAUGUGUAGUACAGUGUUCUUAUGUCUCUGCCAAUACCCUGUGGAGCUCAUGUCUGGAUGACUGUGGUCCUGCACAUUAAUGUGUAAAUGACACCAAAUGAGGCAGUGCUUGGGUGUAAGAAUAUUCUUGGAAGUCAUUCCUGUACCUAGACUAGCAGUAAUUUAAUUAUGCAUGGAAAUGAUUGAGAACUAGACAUAUCCUGUGAAACCUACAUACUUCUCCACCUCAACCUCCCUUUAGCAAAAUGCCCAGAAUACUGCAUUAGCCAAGGCGGAACUGUGAUGGAGCAGGAGUUAGAGAAAGCAGUCUUAACCAGUUGCAAUUAGCAUUCCUUUGCAAGUUUUGUGAAAACAUACGACCAUGGGAACACAUUGUUAGGACUGCUUCCAGUACCUUGGAAGGGACCAUCCCAUUGAGGAUCCCUGAAAUUUAAACUGACAGUGUCAGAGUAAAUUCAGUCCUACAGUCUUAAGCUGUAAUUUUGUGCUUGCGUUUGUUAACUGACUACCAGAAAGAUGUUUUACCACUAUACAUAUGUAGUAAUGUAGUAUGUACUAUGCUGCUUAUGUCCGUUAUGAUUGAAUCUAUUUUUGUAAGCCCAGGAUAUGAGUUCAGCAGAUUAUGCCAAAAUACUUGGUUUACUUUACCAUUUUUGAUCUGGAAUCUUUUAUCAGUUUAGCUCAACAAAACGUUUAUUAAAGAUCUGUUACAACCUAUGCCUUCUGCUAGAUUCUGGAGAUGUAGUGCUGACUUAGAAAUAGUUCAUACCUUUGAGAAACUCAUGGUACAUUGUAAAAUAGAGACACAUGAUAGUGUCCUAUGUGAACACAGAGAAGGCUUCCUUAACACAGUCUAGGUUAUCAGAGAAACCUCUUGAGGAAGAUGAUACCUGGAUUAAUUCUUUAAGGAUGACUAGACAUCGGUGAAAAAAGAAAGUUCAGUUAGAAGUAUAUGAGAUAAGGAGGAGUAGGCUGUAUCUGAUUUAAUUUCAUAUUUUUUUCCUAGUCAAGUUGGCUUUGUCAUAAGAAUUUAAUUUCCCAGCAUUUAGACCACAAAACGAUGUCAUUGAUUGCAUUGUAUACCUCUUGCUUUACUGCUCUGUAUUUGUAGGCGAAUGAUAGACUAUAGGAAUAGUAGGUGAAUCUUUGCCCUAUUGUUACCUUGAGAUCUGUAUCUGAUACAAAGAUUGUUCCAAGGGGCACCUGGGUGACUCAGUCGGUAGAGCAGGUGACUCUUGACCUCAGGGUUGUGUGUUUGAGCUCUAUGUUGGGCGUGGAGCCUACUUAAAAAAAAAAAAAAUUGUUCCAUUGGUGCCAAGACUGCAGACUUUAUUCUUUAUUGAAUCCUUUAUAGUGGGUUGCUAUUUUGGAUUAAAUCCCAGAGUAAUUCUGCUGUUUUGCUUUGGAAAAAAAGAAAAAGUAAUCCUAUUACCACAAGUAAAUGCAUAUGAGCUUUUAUUUAUUUAUUAUUUAUUUAUUUAUUUUGCAUUUUAGCUUUUAAAGUAUGAUUAAAUUAGUUUAAGCAAUGGGAGGAUAUGGAAACUUUCUUAGUUAUUAAAUAUAUAUAAAAUAAGUUCCAGAGAUGAAAAGUACACCAUAGAAAAUAUAGUCAAUAAUUUUGUAAUGUAUGGUGACAGAUGGUGACUACCCCUUUUGUGGUGAACAUUGAGUAACAUAUAGAAUUGUUGAAUCAAUAUGUUCUACACCUGAACCUAACAUAACAUUGUAUGUCAAUUAUAUUUCAGUAAUAAAAAAAGUAUAAAAACAACCUCUUGCCUCCUCUCCCCCCACUGGGAGGAGUAAGUUUGCUUAGAAUUGCUGAGAUGUCUUGACAGUUUAUUUUUUAUUACUUUUUUUUUAUGUUUAUUUAUUUAUGUUGAGAGAGAGCAUGAGUUGGAGGGGUUGAGAGAGAGAAUCCCAAGCAGGCUCUGUGCUGUCAGUGCAGAGCCCGAGCCCAGUGCAGGGCUAGAUCCCACAACCAUGAUCAUGACCUGAGGUGAAAUCAAGAGUUGAAUGCUCAACUGACUGGGCCACCCAGGUGCCCCAGAUUGACCAGUUUCUUUCUUUUUUUUUUUUUUUAACGUUUAUUUAUUUUUGAGAGCGAGCGAGUGAACUCACAAGGAGGGGAAGGGGCAGAGAGAGAGAGGGAGGCACAGAAUCCAAAGGAGGCUCCAGGCUCUGAGCUGUCAGUGCAGAGCCCAACACAGGGCUUGAACUAACAAAACUCGAAAUCGUUACCUGAGCUGAAGUCAGAUGCUUAACCAACUGAGCCAUCCAGAUGCCCCUGACUGACCAGUUUUUAAACUAAGGUUUAAGUAGGGUAGAACUGCAAAGGGCCCAAGAUUGAAAAUGAAAUUUUGGUUAUCAGGAUUAGGAACUGUCCCCAAUCCAUCUGCUGCUUCUCUUGCUGCAGUUAAAAUCUUUCAGAUUUGGUGUGCCAAAUAAAGAUGAUGGAUCCUUUUUUUUUCUUUAAUAUUGGUAACAACUGCUCUUUGCAAUAAGAACAAGCUUUUCUCCCCCUUCAACAUUAUUAUUUAAUGUUAAGUAAACAUUUGUUAGGAAUCUGUUGUAUCCCAGGUUCUGUGUUAGGUACUUGGGAUUCAAGGGUGACUAAAACAUGAUUCGUAACUCACAUUUAUGUAAUCAAGUGUGAGAAAGAAAAACGUAAACAAAUAAGCAUGAGAGGUAGUGUUUUAAGCUGACUCUUUGUGGAUUAGUAUACGUGUGGCGGUAGAAUUGCUAUGGCCUGAAUGUGUUCCCCCAAAUUUAUAUGUUGAACUCCUAAUGCCCAAUACGAUGGUGUUAGGAGGUGAGGCCUUUUGGAGGUGAUUAGAAGGUGAUUGGGGUUAGUGCCCUUAUAAAAAAAGACCCCACAGAGCUCCGUAGCCCCUUCCACCAUAAGAAGAUGCAGUGAGAAGUGGGAGGCACCAGCUUAGAAGAGGGCCUUCACCAGUACCUGACAAUGCUGUCACUCUGUUGUUGAACUUUCAGCCUCCGAACCUGAGAACUAAACUUUUAUUGAUUAUAAGCCACUCAGUCUUUUGUUAUAGCAGCCUGAAUGGACUAAGGGAUAAAGUAAGGAUUGGUGUUUUACUUACACAUAUACCUGCAUGUAAAUAUGCAUUUACAUGUAGUCAUUCAUUCACAGGACAUUUUAUUAUUUUAUUAUUUUUUAUUUUUUUGAGAGGAGAGAGAGUGUGCAUAUGCCUGAGCUGGGGAGAGGGGCAGAGGAAGAGAGAGAGAGACUCUUAAGCAGGAUCACACUCAGCACGAUCAUGACCUGAGCUGAAAUCAAGAGUCGUCUGCUCCAUCAGCUGAGCUACCCAGGUGCCCCUCAUUGAACAUUUUAAAGCUGUUAGUUCCUGUGUUGUGCAUUUGCUGUGUAAAGCUACCUUAAAACUAAGGUGCUUUAAAUGUAUUUACUCAUUUAAUUGUCAUAAUGGUUCUACAUAACUGAUGAUAUCGUCUCCAGUAUACUAUCUAAAAGAGAAUAAACACAAAAAUACACACAUAAGGUGUUUCAGGAGCAUUAAGCUACAGUGAGACACAAGAGAGAAUGGACAGUUUUUCCUGAGAGUUUAGGAAAAAUUUUCUAAAAGAAUUGAUGUUUAAGCUCCCUAGAUACCUUUGGUUGAAAUACCGGUGUUAUUUGGAAUUACUGCCAACUCAUUUGCUAGAUCGAUGUUCAUUCUGAGUUCUACACAUGCAAGUUUUGGAGUCUUCUUUUUAACACUGCAGCACAUUGUAUAGGGUUCUGAAAAUGGAGUCACUGCUAUUGCAUAGAAAUCACCCAGACAUUUGACUCUGGGCACUUCCUAAAGUCUCUUGUGGUUUCACUACCCAUUUACUGACUGGGGUAAUGAAUUUAGUGCUGGGGAAAGGAAACUGCAGCCUAUAUACGACUCAAAAGCUCAGAGGGUGAUCGGAGAUGAGCUAUUAAACUUUAGUGUCUUUGCCUGUAGCUGAGAUAAUGCCUCAGAUCACUUCACAGAUGUAGAAACUAAUUGGCCUUUGUGUGUGAAGUGCUUUAUUAUUUUCCAAGGAUUAGAUUAUAAAAUUUUAUAGGGUAUUAAAUAGUGACUUGCCCAACCCUCUACUUGUUCUUAUAUGAAGUCACUAAGUUAUACUUUAUAAAGUUGAAGAGUUGUGAACCUGCUUCACAUUGAGAGGCAACCCAGUUAGCAGUUUAAUAUACGAGUACAAUAUUCCCUAAUAAUGUGUUAAAGAGCAAGAUGUUAAAAUUUGGAAGAAAAGUUUCCAUGACUACAGAUGUCUGGGAAGCCCUAGGCUAAAUCUUGAACAAUUUUCUUUGCUACUAUAGGACUUUUCUUAACUUAUAAAAUAUGCAUUUAAUAAUAUACUAGUGCCUCUUUUGGCCCUGUGCUAACCAGUGAAGAUACUGAAAUUAUUAGUUACCUUCAGUCUGAUCUUUCCUCUGAGCCUAAGUCUUGUAAAUACAACUGCCUACCUAACAUAUCCAUUUGGAUGUCUGAUAGAUAUGUCAAGUUAAUAUGUCCUAAACCCAUCUUCCACAGCCUAUCUCCAUAAGUGGCCCAUCUUCUAUCUACUUGAGACUAAAAAUCUAGGAAUCGUCCUUGAUUCUUCACCACUGUCCACAAAUCAUGAAAUCCAGUAGUGAGUCUGUUGGUUCUUCCUAUAAAUAUUGGAACCUUCUUCCUUCCAUCCCCACCAGGAGAGUAGGGAUUCUUGCUCAGUGUUGUGUCUCGGCUUAGAACGGUGCUUCUUAGAACAUAAGUGGUGGUCAGAGUAUGUUACUUGGAAUACAGAAUGCAAGACUGGAUAAAUGGAUGAAAGAAACUGAUUUAUUGAGGUGGUGAGGAGAAUUUAAUAGUAAAGAUUUUUCUUUAAAAAAUGUAAAACACAGAAGUAUAAUUUACACACCAUAAAACUCAUCUUUAAGUGUACAGUUUAGUGAUUUUAGUAUAUUAAAAAGUUACACAAUCAUCAGGACUAUCUAAUUCCAGAACAUUUUCAUUAACCCCCCAGAAGAAAUCUUGUGUCAUUAGUAGACACUCUUCCAUUGCUCCCUUUACAGCCCCUAUUUUCUGUCUGUAUGGACUUGCCUGUUCUAACGUUUUGUAUAAAUGGGAUUAUACAUUAUGUGAUACAACAUAUUUUGUGUCUGGGUUCUUUUCACUUAGCAUAGUAUUAUCAAGAUUCACUCAUUUAUCAGUGCGCAUGUUCUAAACUAGGUUUUUUUAGACUUUGUCCCUGUAUCUCAUCAACUUUUUUUAAAAUCUAUUUUUUUAUUGAAGUAUAAUUGACAUAUAAUAUCCUUCUAGUUUUAGGUGUAUUCUCAUCAACUUUUUAAUCUUACCAGAAUUCCUCAAUUUCUGGCCUGCUGAUAGCCUUUUUUCUUGCUUUCCAGCGGUGUUAAGGAACUUGUUACUCUGUCAUUGAUGAUAGUAGCAGUAGCACCACUCAUAAUAGUGGCUUAAAAGGAAUGUUAGGCAGAAAUGUAAGUAGGUAUGUCUGUUCAGAUUGCAAACUUCCUUGAAUUGAAGGUAGUCUUUUUGGUACUCAAUGUUUUUAGCUUAGAGUCUUUAGCUUUAUUGUUUUUAGAACAUGUUGUACUUGAUUUUGGCAAUUUCUAACAUUUUUUGCUGGUGCAUAUCUGCCUUUCUGAAAACAUUAGUAUGUUUGGCACCCUUUUGGAGGAAAUUGUUCUUUGGCGGGAUUUUGUUUUUCCUUAAUGGCAGUGCUAAGUGUUCAUAUAAAUUAGUAGAGGUAUGAGGAGAGGAGAUAGAAUUAGGUAGUUUGAAGAUUGUUUUAAAAAUGUGCCUAACUGGGGCGCCUGGGUGGCUCAGUCGGUUAAGUGUCCGACUUCAGCUCAGGUCAUGAUCUCGCGGUCCGUGAGUUCGAGCCCCGCGUCGGGCUCUGUGCUGACAGCUCGGAGCCUGGAGCCUGUUUCAGAUUCUGUGUCUCCCUCUCUCUCUGCCCCUCCCCCGUUCAUGCUCUGUCUCUCUCUGUCUCAAAAAUAAAUAAACGUUAAAAAAAAAAAAUGUGCCUAACUGAUAACUCUCUCACUAUGAAUUAGUCUUGUGUUUUUUCAUAAGUGACUUGAUUAAACUGUGGUGAUAUAGGAAGAAAAUUAUUAGAAAUAAUUGGAUGGAAGGUAAAGGUAAGUAAGCAUCAUGCAGUCUUCAGUAGUGGGUAAAAGAAUGAGCUUUCAAGAUUUCAAUCCUAGAUUUAAAUUCUGGCUCCUUUAUUUACCACUCUUAUAAUCUUAAGCAAAUACUUAAGUUCUUUAAACCUCAGUUUUGUUACCCAUAAAAUAAAGAAAAUAAUAGCAUAUACAUCAUAGUUAAGAGGAUUAAAUGAGAUAUUGCAUGUAAAAUCCUUCUCAGCACAAAGCCUGCAUUAAAUGUUAGUUAAUAUUAAUCAUCAUUACUGUCCUGAUGUAGGAGUUCUCAGCCUGAAGUUCACUGGAACUGUCAAUUAAGAAAUAUUUAUCAAGUACAUGAUCUUUAGUAUUGGACUUAGACCUAUGGAAGGAGCUACUGAUGUGAAUGACAGUGGUAGCCGCUCCUCUAAAACAUUUAAACCAAAGAAGAACAUUCCAGAGGGUUCUCACCAGUAUGAGCUCUUAAAGCACGCAGAAGCCACACUUGGUAGUGGUAAUCUCCGGAUGGCGGUCAUGCUUCCUGAGGGGGAAGAUCUAAAUGAAUGGGUUGCAGUGAACACUGUGGAUUUCUUCAAUCAGAUUAAUAUGCUUUAUGGAACAAUCACAGAUUUCUGUACAGAGGAAAGUUGUCCGGUGAUGUCAGCUGGCCCAAAAUAUGAGUAUCACUGGGCAGAUGGAACAAACAUAAAGAAGCCUAUUAAGUGCUCUGCACCAAAGUAUAUUGAUUACCUGAUGACUUGGGUUCAGGACCAGUUGGAUGAUGAGACAUUAUUUCCAUCAAAAAUUGGUGUCCCAUUCCCGAAGAAUUUCAUGUCUGUGGCAAAAACUAUACUCAAACGCCUCUUUAGGGUUUAUGCUCACAUUUAUCAUCAGCAUUUCGAUCCUGUAAUCCAACUUCAGGAGGAAGCACAUCUCAAUACUUCUUUCAAGCACUUUAUUUUUUUUGUUCAGGAAUUCAACCUUAUUGAUAGAAGAGAACUUGCACCACUCCAAGAACUGAUUGAAAAACUCACCUCAAAGGACAGAUAAAAGGAUGCAGAGCUGUGCAAAUUGUUCCUCAAAUGAAGUGUGUGGAGUUUAUUUGGAUUUGGUUGUGUUUUAUUUUUAUCUCGGUCAUUUUUGUCAUAGGUUUAGGGGGCUUGUUUGGGUUUCUUUUUCUUUAUUCUGAGUAAGUGAAACCAUAUUCAAUUGCUAGAGGAAGCCAAGAACCAUUCUCUGUAAAUUUGAUAGGGGUAAGUUUUGUCUUAGUGGCAUAUGGUGUUUUUUUUUGUUUGUUUUUUUUACUUGGUUUGCUUACUUGCAGAAUUUUUGAUAAUACUGUGUGCUGAAAGAAAACGCUUGCUGAUUGGACUGAUGACAGUUGGGGGUUCUGUGUUGUGUAAAUUGUGGCCAAUUUCUGAAGUCCCCAAAAGACUUAUGUUUUUAAGUGCCUUGGUAGGCUCACUUCUGAGGUGCAAAGCACAGACAUAGAACUGAACAGGGCUUGAACAAUAUUAGGAUUACUACCCAGGGCACUUACUGAUGCAUGUUUUAAAAUGUCUAUGAUAAAAGCCAUAGUUUACCAAAAUUGGUGAUCUCCAGCUUUUACUACAUUAAAGAAACACAAUUUGUAAAGGUGUGCAUGUAGAACGUACAAAAUUAGUAUUUAUUAAUUAUUUUUGAUAUUGAUGGUAAUUCUGUUCAACAAAUGUUUAAAGUUCUACAAGCAGGUCUUUCUUCCAUCUCUUGAUAUCUGUGAUAUUGAAACUAAAGGAUGUUGAAGUGUAAUACCUAUUGCAUUUUAGCUUCUUUCUACAUGUUAACCGCACUCUAGGUGUAAAAAUUCAGGUUUUAUAUAGGUUUGCCAUCUUCAGAGGUGAUGCUGAACUGUGAGGUUUCUUAGCAAUUGCCAAAUGAGCCAUAAGUCUAGAGAAUUCCCUUCUACUUUGAAGAGGAGGGGAUGGAUAAGAGUGUGUGUUUGGUUGGGAGGGUUUGUUUGUAUGGGGAGCUAUAGAUGGAAUUGUAUGAUGAGUCAAGUUCAGAAAGUCUUGUCUUAAAAUCCUUGAGUAGAGUGGCAUGAAGUUUUUAACCAAUUUCUUGUAAACAAAGUCUUAGAGACUUCCUUUUAGGAAUCAACUUCCAUGAGAAGUUAAACAUAAAUUAUUAAUUUUAGGUGUAGACAUUAAACAUGGAAUUUAAGGACUGUUUGGGGAAAUUGAUCACUCUCCAGCAUUUCCAUUCAGUGAAUGGAGCUGGUGUUUGCCUGUCAUUUUAAAAUGAUACAGUACCCUUCUCUGCUUAUGAUAGGCCCAAUUUGAAGCAUUCUGACUUCUGAUUUUUCUACUGUGAAAGGAAAUCUUUUUCUUUGCAGUGAUAUCAAACAAUGUAAGUGCUAAUUUAGUAGUUAUUAACUUUUACAUUUUAUUUGUUAUGGCUUUCUAGUGAAUUAUUCCCAUAAGUAAAAAGUUCAGAAAGUUAAUUUUUAAAAUAAUUUUAACAUUUUUCACUUCAAUUUUAGUCUUGAGAAGUAUCUUUUUCAGACUUCCUUUUGAUUUUGUCAUUUCUGGUAAGAUCUGUUUCCUUCAGUUACAAAUAUAUAUUUUUCCUUUAGUGUGAAAUAUAUACCUUUUUUCCUUGUGGAAUAGAAAUCUUGCUUUGAAAUUAUAUAGACUAAAAAUGGUCAGUAGGCGAGAAUCUAAAAUUAAAUAAAUCAGUCUGUCUUUGCCAUUAACAGGGAGAGCAGUGAUAUAAUUUAAUGCCAUUACAGUUAUGAUGACUAGGAACUGCCUUUUUCUCCAUUUCAUUUCUAACAAUCAUUCUCCAAGUACCAACAGUAGAAGUAAUGGGAGAGCCUGGCAAGUAUGUUCGACGUUCAUUGGUAAUGGUUAUUGAUAAACUGCAGUGAGAAGUAACUGAUGUCCUUAAAACAAAUAUUUUAUUACCUAGGUAGGUAAUAUCAAUCCCUGUAGGUUGAUUCAGAAAUAAAAUUUGGCAUCAAGUGACAUGGGGUCCUAUUUAUUGAUGAAAAUGAAGCAUGAUUAUUCCAGUAGUCUUCCAUACUGCGUUGGACUUUGUAUCAUCCUAGUAACAAAGGGGUUGCAAAUAGCCAAGUGUAGAAAAUACUGAAAAAUCGUUCUUGCUCUUUCAAGCCUUACACAGUAGUACACUGUAAAAAUGGAAGGAUGUUUCUAUAAAAUAAUGUUUAGUACUAGGCCCUACUUUCCUACUGUGUGUAGAUAGGAGUUUGUUGUCACUGUGUCAGAAUCUCAGGUGCCUGCUUCUGAGUAUUCCUUUAAACAGAGGUAUUAUUAGGAAGUAAGGAGGUAAUGUACGCAUGGAUAUGGUAACAAAGUAGAGAAGUUCUCCCAGGGAGAGUUCUGGCAUUGUACAUGGGGUUACAUGGCCACAGGUAAGGAAACACCCACCAGAGCAUGUGAGAAAUAACCAGUUUAACAAAACUUGCUUUGAUUUGAUUCGUUUCCAUGAGCGUUAAUAAGAUGCCCUUUAUAAAAUAAGGAUCAAAUCCUGGUUUUGUAGCACUUUGCUUACGAAUGUGUAUUGGAUUCUUCCCAGAUCUCUUAAUUUAGUUUAUAAAUAACCAAGAUAAUGAUUUCCCCCCUGCUCUUUAUACAGAGAUUUAAAGCAGAAGUUGGUUUUCUCAUCCACUAAUUAAAGCAUAAAAUAUCAAGUAAUAAGUUAACAUAGUAUUAUUAUCACAAUGCUUUGGUUAAGUGUUGAAAUGAAGCAAGUUUUAGGAGUUAUUUUAAAUGAUGGAAAAUUAAUAAUCCAAGAGUGAAAAUCUUUCGGUAAGCAGUAGAUGGUGCUACUGGCUCUCAUUUGCUGACUUGAUUGUUCUGUUUCCCAUAAAAACCAUGCCAUUAGACUUCAUUAAAAGAGUAAGCAUGUGUUAGUUGGCUGGUAGAGGCUUUGGAGGUCAGUUUACUUUACAUCGAAAGAUUUUACAUUGCUCUUUCUACUUGUGUUAUUUGUAAAUGGUAAAGGGUGAGCAUAAAAUGUAUUGGCUGGGAGAAGACAGGUUUAGUGUAUAAUAUAUCUCAGAUUAAGUUACUGCCUGGCUUAUCAGGAAAGAUAAAACACUACAAUCUCUUAUCUUCAGGAAAUACAGAUGAUGUGGAUAUUUAUAUUUUACAUGUAAUCACCAGACUCCAUUUUAUGUAUUAGCAUUUUCCUUGCUUAUGGGAAAAUAGCAAAAUGACAUUUCUUUUAUACCUUUGUGUACACCCUCUCUGAGAGAGGUUUUGAUAACCACUGAAAUGGUGAAAUGUGAGAUACAAUUAUUAAGUUAGUUGUAGGACUUUCUUUUCAAAUAACUAUGUCAUACCUUAAACAUCCAAAUGAGAGUUGAUCUUCAGAGUGGUUCCUGUGGGAGCAUUAUUCUUUCUAGCUAUGCUUUGAGGGUGUAAUGUUUUUGGAGCAUUUUCAGAGAUGCCUUGAGAAUUGGUUUAUGACUAUGCAAGAAAAUCUAUUUCAUCAUUUUAGUUGCACCGAAGACUUUUUUGGCAGCUUAGUAAGACCUAGCUCAUUCACCAAACUUAACUCUGCUUUUUUCUUAGAACUAAACCAUUAGAGAAGUUCAAAAGACUGCCAUAGGCUCUGAAUUUGCAGAAGAGAAUGUUUUGAGCAUUGGUAGCACCAUUUAAUAAAGGAAUAGUUUCCUGAUGUCUCUACUUUGAAGUACACAGUGUCAUUUGGAUGUAUAGGUUUUAUUUAAUUUUUACAAAUUUAGUUUAAUUACCUUAUUGUUAAAUAUAAUAAUUAAAAAAUCAAGGUCUGUCUCUUGUUUUCUACUUUCGUUCCUUUCCCUGAUAGCUUCUGAGUUUUAUCUCAACUACUAUAAGAUAAUUUUGAUUGAAGGGACAGUAUGAAAAAAUGGAUCCAAUAUUUAAUUUAGAAGUAGCUUAAGAUAACAAUAGCCUUUACCUUUGUCCUUUUUUUUAAACAUUAUUUUCACUCAAAUGAAAAGACUGCAGAUCAUUGUACAAAGAAAUUGGAAUAAAUUUUAUAUAAUAAUUAUGCUGAAUGUUAAACCUGUGUAUCACAGAUAAAAUAUUUAAAAUUGUAUAAUCAUUUCAUAUGUCAUUUAUAACUUUAAAAUUUUUGAAUGUCUUUUUAAAAGAUAUGGGACCAUAAGUAUAUUUGUAACUUGAAAAUGUGACUGCAUACCAAGGGGAAAAGUUAUUUUGAAACUUUUCUGAAAUAUUAAAGAAUAUACCAAUUUUUAGACAUGCUAUUCUAGAUCCACUCCUAAAAUAAUUUAAAUAGUAGAGUUUUGUCAUAAUGUUAAGAUUCACCCACAGCAAUUACUGUUUUUCAGUUUAAUGGUGUAUGAUAUUACUAGAGGUAAAGAUAUCUUAAGAUUUAUUGGAAAAAUUUAAUUUUAAGGUAUAGUAACAGUUCUGACUACAAUUUAAACUUUUAAGAUGUUCCUAACAAGUUAAUCAUAGAGAAUAAUUUAUUGUAAAGGUAUAAUACUAUGUUCCAUGUCUGCCACUUAUAGCUGAACAAAACCUAAAUUUUGACAAAAGAUAGGAAAUGCAUAUUAAAAUAUUGAAUAAUCUCAGUUUUGCAGGUAUGAUGCCAGUUCUUUUUCUGUGUGUAAUGCUAUACAAUAGAGCAUUUUGGGUUACAGUUCUCAAAGAUAGAUAAUGAAAGCACUGGCCUGUUUUUAGCUCUGUUGGCUUGUCAUCUCCUUCUCCUUAAAUUACUUCCUUACGCUGUUGACUUCCCACCUCUCAGCCUCCAUUGCACUAGGAGAACAAAACAGAUGGGUUGAUUGUGCAGGUCCUUGUUGUUAGUGGUUCUGAAGCACUUUCUGUAAUCCACUGACAGGAGUGUUGGCAGGUGCAACUUACAUAAGCAUUUUUGGUUUGUUCUGGUUGACAGCUUUCUUGAAGUUAUGUCACUGAAGCUGAGAUUAUUAGUAAUUUAAAAUUUUUGUUAAUAUUUAAUUUUUCUUCUGUGUAUUAAAUUUUUAUGUGUUGGUGUUUCUUACAGGUUUGUACAUAUUUUCAUUUUCAUUUUCUGAGAGAACAGAUUAGUGCAUUUCCAUAUUAAGAACACAUUUCUCCUUAAAUUGUUCUGCAGAAAUAACUAUUUUUAGGGGAAAUAGUUUUUUACAGUCACUAAAUUGUAUGUGUUAUUUUUGUACAUGCAUAACUAAGGUGGUAAGGGCCCUAAUCCUGUAGGGAAUGCUUAACUUUUGUUCUAUUUGAAUUUUUCCAUACGUUAUUACUUAAAAUUAUCAAGGAACAGUGUCAUGAAAUCUUGGUUGAGAGAGAGUACAAUAAACAUGACAACUCUUAAAGUUUGAGUAGAGAUAAUUUCUGAUGACAAAAGCAUAAUCCUGCCAGUGCCAUAUAAUGGAAGCCUAUUCACAUUGUGUAAUCGCAGAGAAUGUGCAAGACAACAGAUCCUGCUCUCAUGGAAACACACAAUUCUCUUUAUUUUUAAGUAGUUGGAUGGGGGAAAAUGGUCUAAAAUAUGAAAGGAAACAUGAAUGCUAUAUUGAAAAGUGUGCCAAGAUUACUCAAAUUCUAGUUAUUACAGAUCAAAGUUUAACUGCUUCGUCAUUUUACUUUAAAAGGGAUACUGGGGACGCCUGGGUGGCUCAGUCGGUUGAGCGUCCGACUUCGGCUCAGGUCAUGAUCUCACAGUUUGUGAGUUCGAGCCCCGCAUCGGGCUCUGUGCUGAUGGUGAGCCUGGAGCUUGCUUCCGAUUCUGUGUCUCCCUCUCUCUCUGCCCCUUCCCUGCUCAUGCUCUGUCUCUCUCUGUCUCAAAAAUAAAUAAAAACAUUAAGAAAAAAAAUUUUUAAAGGGAUACUGAAUGUCAGAAAAUCUGUAAUAUGUUUAAUUGAAAGAUGUAAAUAAUGUAUACAGACUUGUAUGUGAUGGGAUGGAAAAUAUUUAAAUUCUAGGUUUUUUCUAAAGGAAGAAACUGAAUGUUUAUUUAAAAAAUUAAUAAAUAGUUAUGUUUGGCCAUGAA